CGGGGGGCGCUGCCGCCCGCGCAGGGCCGGCGGGGGGCGCGCUGGGCCGGGUGCGCGCCCGGGCUCGUGAUGGCGGCGGCGGCAGCGGCGGGAGGAGGCGGCGGGGAGCGGAGCAGCACCCGGGAGCGGCUGCUGGCGGCGCUGGAGGAUCUGGAGCUCUUGGCCAGGGAACUAAUUGAAAUUUUGGCAAUUUCAAGAAACCAGAAGCUUUCACAACCAGGAGAGGAGAGCCAGAUUCUGGAACUACUGAUUCAGAGAGAUGCAGAGUUUCAAGAGCUAAUGAAGUUGGCAGUUGAUCAGGGGAAAAUCCAUCAUGAAAUGCAGCUUUUAGAAAAGGUAGUAGAAAAGAGAGAUAAUGAUAUUCAGCAGCUGCAGAAACAACUAAAAGAAGCAGAGCACAUACUGGCAACAGCUGUUUAUCAAGCAAAAGAAAAACUGAAAUCAAUUGAAAAGGCAAGAAAAGGUGCCAUUUCCUCUGAAGAAAUAAUUAAAUAUGCCCAUAGGAUCAGUGCUAGCAAUGCUGUUUGUGCCCCUCUGACAUGGGUACCAGGGGACCCACGUAGACCAUAUCCUACAGAUCUAGAAAUGAGGAGUGGUCUCUUGGGUCAGAUGAACAACCCAUCCACCAAUGGAGUCAAUGGACACUUACCAGGGGAUGCACUUGCAGCAGGCAGACUCCCAGAUGUGCUCGCUCCUCAGUAUCCUUGGCAAUCAAGUGAUAUGUCAAUGAACAUGCUACCUCCUAAUCAUAGUAAUGACUUUCUGUUGGAGCCUCCAGGACACAAUAAAGAAAAUGAAGAUGAUGUAGAAGUUAUGUCCACAGACUCCUCGAGCAGCAGCAGUGACUCAGACUAGGUACAAGAGGGACAGUAUCCUUAGUAGACCUUUUCUGUGGUGAAGGUAGGUUGGAUGCUGUUGGCCACAAACUGCAAUACCCUGUUGUCACUCUGGUGGCUUUGUGUAGGGAGAACAGCUGGCUCAAAAAUAGGGUGACUCAUUUAAAACCACAGACUUUAGAUUUUUUUUUUCCAUUAGAUGUUCCAGUAAAAGGACUGGGAACUUUCUGCUGAAGAAAUGUCAAAUUUCCAGUGAUUAUGUAUAUGUGUGAAUGUGUAUGUUUGCAAGAGACGGGUGUGUAUAUAUUUACUAUACGUUAGACAAAAGUUCCUGGGAAAAAAGGUGUAAGGGGAAUCCCCUUGUAUGUUUGUUAGUAAAUUUACUCUUUUGAUGAUAGCCUUUUCUAUGGCACAGAAAUGAGACAUGAAAUUUGUAAUUUUAAUAUCUUUUUUGUUACUACUGUCUAAAUCUAUGUUCUUUACCAUCUGUGUGCCGAGAACAAAAGUACGGCAAUAAGGUGUAAAAAGGUUUGUAAUUAUUGUAAUAUAAAUGAUUUGUCAUAAAUAAAUUCAGCUUUGAUGUAA